AUAUACACUUCAAAUAACUGCAAAAUUCAUCCUUCUUUUAGAAAAGGCUUAUUUUCCUCAUUGUAAUCCGGGGGAAAGGGUAUGGCUUAUUAUUAGAUACCCAAUAAAUAAACAUUCUAGCUGUAGGAGACGGGAAAGUACAUACAAACAUAUCACUUGUCGAGAGAAGCGAAUUCUCAAUUUGUUCUUUGAAUCUUCAAGAGGUUUUUUUUUCUUCAGUUAAUCACAGAGUAUUAAUUAUAUUCAACACAAAAUCUGUUUCUUGAAAUACUUUCUUCAUUUGGCUUUCAAAGAAGCUACAUUUCUCAUAUCCUCUUACUUACUGGCUAUUCUGUCUCCUGUCAUUCAUUCAGCAAUGUCUGUAUGGUCUUGAGCAGGUAACUUAAUCUCUCUGGUGCUCACAUCCGUAAAAGUCGUUUUUAGCACAGUCACCGCUCACUAACUGGGAGCUACUAUAUAUCGUUCUUAGUUAGUACUGCAAAAGCUCUGCUCCGCGCGUCGGCGCUGGCUAGGCCUGAGGUGAACCCACCACAUCUAGGAAGAGGGUGAGCAGCCUUGGGAAUGCUGUGGAGAAAUGAGCAACACUUUCCACACCCGAAGCCAGGCCGGCAACCAGGGUGGAGUUCCCUACGCCCUCGCGCGAAGAAGCCCCAGGCAGCACCAGAAGGCACGGGGUUAACAACCAGGAACUGCGCCAGCCUCCGGCAGGAAAGCGAAACCCGUGACACCACCCAAGCCAGUUCCGUCUUAGGCGCGCCUUCGCUUCCGCCCGCUAACUUUCGCUAAAAUCAUGGAGUCUAAUAUUUCCCUGUGGAACUUCUAUAUUUUCUUCAUUUUCCCAGCCUUAUGACUCUGGUUGUAGAUAAAAAUUAAGCUGGGAUGGAUUAGAGACAGGAGUGGCUAUGGAAAGCUGGUGAGCGGGCCUGGCGAAAGUGCGUGGCGGGAGCACAGUGCGCCCUCUCUUCGCCGGCCGGAAGUUGAGGGACUGAAUGGGUUCCGGAACCGGCGGCUGCGGCUCUCCUGUUUCUACCUGACGCUUAGCGGUCGCCCAGCCUCAGAUCUCGUCAGCCUCUGGGCCACCAGGUUCAUGUGGAGGCUCCCAGGCGCCCGCGCCGCGCUUCGUGGGGUCCGUACGGCGGUGGAGCGGCACAGUCGCGCCGAGGCGGCGACUGAGAUUGCGACAGGCGCGAUGGAGCGCGCUGUGGUGCGCUGUGUGCCCUCGGAGCCUAAGCUAAGUCUGUCGUUCGCGCUGGCCGACGGCAGCCACAAGAACAUGCAGCGCGACCAGAGCGAGCCGCUGGGUCGGGCCCUUAGCCGGAUCGCUACCAAUGCCCUCAAAGGCCACGCGAAGGCGGCUGCCGCCAAGAAGAGCAGGAAAAACCGGCCAAACGCAAGCGGCGGCGUGUCCUGUGCGGGGCCUGGGCCCGAGCCGGCUGCAGCCUGCGAACCCGUGGUGAAGCUGUACUACCGGGAGGAGGCAGUGGCUGAAGACGUGCUCAAUGUGGACGCCUGGCAGGACGGUGCGGUGCUGCAGAUCGGCGAUGUCAAGUACAAGGUGGAGCGCAACCCUCCCGCCUUCACCGAGCUGCAGUUGCCGCGCUACAUCAUGGCCGGCUUCCCGGUGUGCCCCAAGCUCGGCGUCGAAUUUGGGGAUCCCGCCGGCUCCCUCUUCCGCUGGUACAAGGAAACCAAACCCGGAGCGGCGGAACCUGAGGGCGGAGGCCCCUCAUCGUUGUCUCCCUCUUCUCCCUCUCCUGGUUGGACUGAGACGGGUGUGGACGAGCGCGUCUUCACCCCGUCCAAUGCCGACAUCGGGCUACGGCUCAAACUUCAUUGCACCCCAGGCAACGGGCAGCGCUUCGGGCCAAGCCGGGAGUUGGAAAGUGUGUGUCCAGUGGAGGCCGGGCCCGGCACCUGCACCUUUGACCACCGGCAUCUGUACACCAAGAAGGUGACGGACGACGCGCUCAUCCGCACUGUCUCCUACAACAUCCUGGCCGACACAUACGCCCAGACUGAGUUUUCGCGGACGGUCCUGUACCCGUACUGUGCCCCUUACGCCCUGGAACUCGACUACCGCCAGAACCUUAUUCAAAAGGAACUCACGGGCUACAACGCCGACCUCAUCUGUUUGCAGGAAGUUGACCGCAACGUGUUUACAGACAGCUUGGUGCCGGCCCUGGAGGCCUUUGGGCUGGAGGGCGUGUUUCGAAUCAAGCAGCACGAAGGCCUGGCCACUUUCUACCGGAAGUCCAAGUUCAGCCUCCUUAGCCAGCAUGACAUUGCUUUCCAUGAUGCCCUGCAGUCUGACCCACUUCACAAAGAACUGCUGGAGAAACUGGCUUUGUACCCAUCAGCGCAGGAGAGGGUGCUCCAGAGAUCUUCUGUACUUCAGGUUUCUGUUCUUCAGUCUACAAAGGACUCUUCUAAAAAGAUAUGUGUUGCUAAUACCCAUCUCUACUGGCACCCCAAAGGUGGGUACAUUCGUCUCAUUCAAAUGGCAGUAGCCUUGGCUCACAUUAGACACAUCUCUUGUGAUCUGUAUCCCAGCAUACCAGUUAUGUUUUGUGGGGACUUUAAUAGUACCCCAUCAACAGGAAUGUAUCACUUUGUCAUCAGUGGCAAUAUUCCAGAGGAUCAUGAGGACUGGACUUCCAAUGGGGAAGAGGAACGAUGCAACAUGUCUCUUACCCAUUUCUUCAAACUGAAAAGUGCUUGUGGUGAACCUGCUUACACAAAUUACGUUGGUGGCUUUCAUGGAUGUCUGGAUUACAUUUUCAUUGACUUAAAUGCUUUAGAGGUUGAACAGGUGAUUCCAUUACCUACUCAUGAAGAAGUUACCACCCACCAGGCCUUACCUAGUGUUUCCCAUCCCUCUGAUCACUUAGCACUUGUAUGUGAUUUAAAAUGGAAAUAGAUUUGUGACUGAUGGAAUUUAAAUCUGCUUUAGUAGGAAAUUUAAUAUGAAUCAAAGCUAUGUGUAACCUUCAAAGAGGAAAACUAGGCACUAAGGUAAAAUAUUCUUACCAUACUAGUUAUGUUCUAGUGUCUUCAUUACAUGACUAUCAUAAUGGUUGCAUAAUAUAGUUUCUCUACCCUUUUUUUUCUACACUUGGAGGAAAAACAAAUAUAUUUAUGACCAGCAGGAAGAACAUUGGGUACAUUUUAUACUUUUUUUUACUAGUAAUUAAGAAUUUUGUAAAAAAAAAAAAAUAACCAUUUGAAUGAUCCUGUAAUUUUUCUAUCAUAACACACACUUCAAAUUAAAUCAUGUAUAUAUAAUUAGGGGGAAAGUGCAUACAAGUUAAAGUGAGAGGCUUAUUCUGACACAUGGAAGGAAUAACAUUAGGGUCUACCUCUACCUCAAUUUGGUUAGCAAUUUAAUACAACUUCAGAGCUUUAACAAAAAAUUAAAAUAUACCAUUACCAAUUCCUAUUGCUUCUCAUCUUUCAGUUAUCAUAAGGUAUCUUCAUUCUCUUAUUUUUAGGAUUUUAAUUUUUAGUGUAUGGUACAAAUGGACAUUUAUAUUCCCAUUCUUACUGCAGUUCAUUUUAACUUUCAGUAUGCAAGCUCAAUUUAGUAUUUAAAGUGAACAAUAACAUUGUAACUUGAUCCUGUUGUCUUUACACCCUUGCCCAUGAAAAAUGUUCAUAAAUCAACAGGGUAUUUGACAUAUGGUAUUAGAGACUAUAACACAUUAGAUAUGAGAAACUGCCUAUUGAUACGGGCUUGCAGUUGUGGAUGAACCAUGGAGCAUUUCUGUGCUACAAGUAUUUUCAAAAUUGUUGGGUUUUCUAAACAGGAGAAAGGCAGAGUAGUAGUGGGGCUUUUGAGCAUCUCUCGAAUAAACUUCCAGAUUUGAGCAUUAUAGUUUGAGUUACAGAACACUGUAUAUGUAAUUAUUUACAUACUGUAAAAAAAAUUUUAAAUAUGAAGCCAAACUCUUGAAAAUUACAAAGUAUAGUUUUACUGAUUAGAGUCUAGCCUAGAGUAGUAACUGAGCUUUUCUAACUCAAUUAUCACCAUACCUUAUUUGUAAUGCUUUAGCUGUUGCGCUCUUGUUCAAAAGAACCAAAAUGUUCUCGUUUUUCUGCAUUUAACUUCUAAGCUUAGAUAGCUAGAGCUCACUUCAAGAGCUCUGAUUUUCCAGUCAUGAAGGCCUUUGUUCCACGUUUAGUCUCUAACCUGAUACGAUAAGAACUUUCAUCUUUGACAAAGUAACCUGUAUUUUCAUAUUCUGUUUACUCUUAGUAAUUUUGAGAAUUAGAGGGUUUUACUUGCACUUCAGAUUGAACCUUGAAGUGCUUAAAAGUACGUGCCGGAAAAAUUAAGGUGGCAGUUUCUUGGGAUCUUGUUUAGAAAAAGCUGUAAAUGAAAAAUUGAUGCUACCAAAUUGUGCCUUCCUAAAAAGCAUCUUGAGAGCAUUUUUUAACAUCAGUUUACAAAUACAGAAAUAAUAUAUUGAAGCCAGAAUCUGAUUCUUUUGCAAUUUUUUUUUCCGUUUUAAUAUUUGGUUUUGGUUUGCUUUCAAACAAACAUGUUGACAGGACUUACUACAGUAAGUUGAGAGAAAAAGUUUAAGCAAAAAGUUGAGAAACAUAAGAGAAAAAAGUGUAACAUGACAUCCUCACGCCCAUGAGAAAAACACACAGGUCCUGUAUUAACACCACAGCUAGCUAGAUGGAACUCUGGUCAGAAAAAUUCUAAACACUUAUCAAACAUUCCACAUUCUGAUACUUUAAAUUUCAUAUUUGCUGACUAAACAAUGAUCAGAUUGUACACAGGCAUUUCAGAAUAUUAGAAUAUAGAAUAUUAUUUUGAAGUACAUAUACUUUGGUCACAAUCUCUACCAUAUAGAUGUUAGUAUGAUUAGUCCAAAUGUAGGGAACACUAAGAAAACUGUAUAAAUAGUAUACCAAAAUGUCCUUGUAUAUGAGCUAGAAUAAAGUGUUAUUCAGAAAUGUUUGUGUUUAAAGCCAUCUCUGUGACUGAAUUUUUCCAUUUAGAUUUUUUUAGUACAUUUAAUUAUAAAAUAUGGAAAGCAGCAACUCUGGUGAACCACAUUUUAUGAUGUUACAAGUUCUUGCUAUAGGAAUUAACAUUCUGAAAAUUUUGUGUUAUCAAUUACAAACUACUAAGACUAUUACAGAACACAUUAUCCUCUUAAAUGAAUUAUUAUACAGUUGCCAACUACAGACAUACACACUGGUAGUUCAUAAUUCAUUAGUGAACAAAUCAUUUCUAGCUAUGUGAUGUUCUUUAAAAUUCUAGAAACUAAAAUCAGUUGUUUCAAAUUUUCAAGAACUUUACUGGUUGGUGACAUUUUUGAGCAUUAAAAUGUGGUGGUUACAGUCCAAAGGUAGAUCUCUGAGCAACACAAUAUAACAGGGAGAAGUCCAAAGAACACUACUGUGGGAAAAUCUCCCUGGUGGAAAUUGACAUCUUUAGAUCUCACAUUCUCCAGCUAUGAAAUACAGGCAGAAAUUUCCUACAAACUAGUCUGAGACAAAACCAAAACCUCUAUGUAAUGAAAGAUAAAAGUAUGCACUACUAGUUUAUCAUAAGACCCACAUGGCAACUCAAGAGGGAAAAUCUUUCCUAAUAGCCAACCAGUUUUCCAAACAUAAUUCAAAAACAUUCAAAUGUGGGAAUUCCCUGGCAGUCCAGUGGUUAGGACUCCGUGCUUCUACUGCAGGGGGCAGGUUCAGUCCCUGGUAAGGGAACUAAGAUCCUGCAUGUCACACAGUGC